AUGGACGCCUCCGCCGGCUCCUCGCCGCCGCACUCGCAAGAGAACCCGCCCAAGCGCGCCGGAGGCCGCGGGAAGGCCCCCGCGGGGGAGAUCCGGAAGGGCCAUGCGUCGGCGUCGGCGGCGGAUGACUUCAUGUUCGCGGAAGAUACCUUCCCGUCUCUCCCGGAUUUCCCAUGCCUCUCCUCCCCGUCAAGCUCCACCUUCUCGUCGUCCUCCUCCUCCAACUCAUCCACCGCCUUCGCCGCCGCGGGGCGCGGGCGCGGCCGUGGCGCAGCAGGCGGCGUGGCGCGGGAUCCCUCCGAACCUGCAGCGGGGGAUGACGACAUGCUCGAGGACAUCGACGAGCUCCUCAACUUCGCCACGCUCUCCGACUCCAUGCCCUGGGAGGACGAGCCGCUCUUCCCGGACGACGUCGGCAUGAUGAUAGAGGACGCCAUCUCCAACGACCAGCCGCCCGCCACGGGCCACGGCGGAGCCAGGAACGCGGCAUCAUCCGAGGCCAUUGCGUCUGGUGGCGCGCAGGAGGAUUCCUCGUCGCCGGCGGACGACCUGCCGCGGUUCUUCAUGGAGUGGCUGACCAACAACCGCGACUGCAUCUCGGCCGAGGACCUCCGCAGCAUCCGCCUCCGCCGCUCCACCAUCGAGGCCGCCGCCGCGCGGCUCGGCGGGGGGCGGCAGGGCACCAUGCAGCUCCUCAAGCUCAUCCUCACCUGGGUGCAGAACCACCACCUGCAGAAGAAGCGCCCCCGCGUCGACGACGAGCUCCACAGCCCCGGCGCCAACCCUGCAGGGUACGAAUUCCCCGCUGACCCGAGCGCAGCCGCCACAUCCUGGACGAUGCCCUACCAGCAACCUUACGGCGGCGAGGCGAUCUACCCGUUCCGGCAGAGCGGCAGCACGAGCAGCCAGCAGCCCUUUUCCCCGCCAGCGGCUGACAUGCAGGCGGCGAGCAUGCCCUGGCCGCAGCAGUACGCGCCGUUCCCCGGCGCCGCAUCGUACCCGAUGCCCACGCCGGUGGCGGUGGCGGCUCCCGGAUUCGGCGUGUGCCCGCAGCGCAUGGCCGGGACGGAACCGUCCGCGAGCAAGGAGGCCCGGAAGAAGCGGAUGGCUAGGCAGCGACGGCUGUCGGCCCUGCAGCAUCAGCGGAGCCAGCAGCUGAAUCUGGGCCAGAUCCAGACCGCCAUGAUCCACCCGCAGCAGGAGGCCUUCUCUCCUCACUCCGCGCACUCGGCGCCUGUCACGCCGUCGUCGUCCGGCGGCUGGGGAGGACUCUGGCCGCCGCCGCCGGCCGUCCAACUGCAAGGCCCGGAACAACUCAUGGUCCAGGUCCCGAAUCCGCUGUCGACCAAGUCCAAUUCCUCAUCCAGGCAGAAGCAGCAGAAACCCUCGCCGGACGCAGCGGCGCAGCAGCGUCGUUCGUGUGCAUGCGCGCAGGGUGCAAAGCCGGCGGCGGCUGACAAGAACCUGCGCUUCCUGCUGCAGAAGGUGCUCAAGCAGAGCGACGUCGGAGCCCUCGGCCGCAUCGUGCUCCCCAAAGAAGCGGAGACGCACCUGCCGGAGCUCAAGAGCAGGGACGGCAUCUCCAUCCCCAUGGAGGACAUCGGCACCUCUCAGGUGUGGAGCAUGCGGUACCGGUUUUGGCCUAAUAAUAAGAGCAGAAUGUAUCUUCUUGAGAACACCGGGGACUUUGUUCGUACGAACGACCUGCAAGAGGGGGAUUUCAUCGUCAUUUACUCUGAUGUCAAGUCCGGAAAAUACCUGAUACGUGGUGUGAAGGUAAGACCGAUGGCGCACGAUCAAGCGAAGUACAAGCAUGGCACCUACGACUUGAAUAAUGUGGGAGCUGAAGAUGCCAGCGCCACCGAAGCAGGCAGCUGCAAGGGGAAGUCUCCGCACAGCGUCAGGCGGUCUCGCCAGGAGGCUGCCUCCAUGAACCAGAUGGCGGUGAGCACCUGA